AGGUCUGUCCGAGAGUGAAACAUGUGAGGAAAGGGACCCACAGACCGACGGGAAGAAGUGAAGACUGGAUUCACGAAGCAACAAAUAGGAAUAUUGGUCAAAAAGGAAGGAAAAAGAGGAAACCCCUCACUCUGCAACACGUGAGCUGUUUGUCAACUCCUUUUCUGACAUAUGGACCUGUUCUGCCAGAAGUCGCUCUAAAGGGCGAAACAAGGGCGUGAGGAAGGGACACCACACCGUGUGAAGGAGGAGAAGAGCUGCAAACCUCGGCUGAGGUGAGGAGAAGAAGAAAAAAAGAGCAGUUGAGAGCAGAGGCGAAGAGAGAGCGACCAAAAGGCAGAGGAGUGAAGGAGUGAGGCGCCCCGUUCCUUCCAGCGGAGUGAGGGGUGGGGUGGGGGAAGAAGAAGAAGAAGAAGAAGAAGAAGAAGAAGAAGACAAAGAAGCAGGAGAGGAAGAGAGGAGUGAUAACGAGUCCGGGAAGGAGGGCGAAGCGUUGGCUGGACAUGGGGCUUUGUGCCGUUCUCCUCAUCUGUCUCUCCCAGGCUGAGCUGGGGAGAGUCUGGGCUCACCGGCAUGAAGAUGCACCCAGUGGGACUCCUCUGCACACACAUGUGGAUCUGUCCGGGUUUCACAGGACCAGGAGGGACCAGCGGACUCCACACAGACACAGAGAGGCCCGCAACAGCGGAGGAGGAGGACUUGACGUCAGCACCCUGACUGACAACACGACCAUCGUGGAGGACUCCAAGAAGUACUACGCCUGGCGGAGCUUCGGUCCGACGGACCGGCGGACGGAGGACUUAUGGGUCGACCUGAACAAGAGCCCGGUCCAGAUCCACGGCAUUCUGUCCAAUGCACACCAAAAAGCAGCGAGGGUGGCCCUUUCUUUUGAUUUCCCUUUUUACGGACACCACUUGAGACAAAUUAUCAUCGCGACUGGCGGCUUCAUCUACAUGGGGGACAUCACCCAUCGGAUGCUGACCGCCACGCAGUACAUCGCUCCCCUCAUGGCCAACUUUGACCCCAGCUUCUCCAACAACUCAACCGUGAGGUACUCGGACAACGGUAACCUAUUCGUGGUGCAGUGGGACAACGUGCACCUGAAGGACCGGGAGGCUGACGGGCCUUUCACCUUCCAGGCCGUCCUCGACAGAAAUGGAACCAUUGUUUUCAACUACAGAGACAUCCCCAUAGCGGUGGAGAGCAUGAAUUCCACCGAGCAUCCGGUGAAAGUGGGACUGUCCGAUGCUUUUUUGGCCCGCCUCCCCUCCUCGCAGCCCUCAGAUGAGAAUCGCCGCACCAUCUACGAGUAUCACCGCGUGGAGCUGAACACCUCAACGCUCGUUAGCAGAUCUUCUUUUGAGUUAACGCAUCUGCAGACUUGCCUUCAACACAAGACCUGUGACCUCUGCCUGACCUCCAACCUGACGACGGGCUGCGGCUGGUGCAACACUCUCCAACGAUGCUCCGACGGUAUCGACCGGCACAGACAAGAGUGGUUGGAUUACAACUGCCCCGAAGAGGCAAAAGGCACGUGUGAGGACUACAACCCCUUCCUGUCCGAGGGAACCGGGACCCCCUACAACCAGUCUUCUCCAGGUCCAACGUCUGCCUCAGUGACCGAAGACCACACUGUCACUAAAGACGUCCAGACGACUCCACCGGACCACAUCGGGAUACCAGAGAACACGGCCAUCAUAGCAGGUGUAGUGGCUGCACUGGUUCUGCUGGUGGUUCUGACCUUACUGGCGGUCUACUACAUCAACACACACCCAACCGUCGCUCCACCGUUCUACCUCAUGCAGCGUCGCACCAACAACUACUGGCCCUCCAUGAAGUUCCGCAACCAGGGCUGUCAGUCCAGCUACGCAGAGGUCGAGCUCGGGGGUCACGAAAAGGAAGGUUUCAUCGAGGCUGAGCAGUGACGCUGAGAUCCCUGGACUGGCAGGACUGGGAGAGCAGAAGAAGAAAGAGGGUCACCAUCCUGAGGACUGCACGGGCCUCACAAGCGGAGGAGAAACAGACUCGACCCCUCGGCGGCCGGACAGUGUUCGCUGCUUCUGUCGCUCUUCCCAGCUUUCUCCGUGUCUUUUUGCUCUUUCUGCCAUCACACACAAGGGGGACUUUGCCAUUUUAUACAAAAGGGGAUUGGAGGGUCUGAGAGGAAGCCGACGACAAAAAUGAUGAGAUGCAAAUGUGUAAUGUGUAAAAUAAAAAAUAAAAACAAUGCAAGCGGCUGUCAGGGAUUGACUCGAACUAGCCUUCAUACUGCAAACCAACAUACUGCUCGACGUAACAAUGUGUUUCCAUUCAGUUUAUGGGGUUUUGUUUCAUGAUGUGUGAAUGUUAUAUUUCAUGAUAACAGAUAUUUAGCAAUGUAACUGAUAGUGAUUAUAAUGAUCGUCUUGAAUUUCUCUGGAUAAAUGUUGUUUAGAUUUCCUUUUAGAGACUGUUUUCUUUUUACCUUUCUGUUGAAAUGUCUUCUAAUAAAAGCUGCCGGUGAGUGUUGAUAACCUCA